UGUGUUAUAUAAAUACAUGUUAUGAACGUAUUUUAUAUUUCAUGUGUAAAGUUUAACCAUGCAGUGCCGAUUUGUUUUCGUUUUUGCAGUAGCUGUUGUGACUUCAGCAUUCGCUGAUGAAAGCCCUCUAGAACGAAUCACUAGACUCCACAAAGAAUGUCAAUCAGAUCCAGCUACCGUGGUUAAAGAUUCCGUCCUUGAAGACGCCAGGAAAGGAAAUGUUGACGUAGACGCAAUUGGACCACACACCUUGUGUAUGAACGUUAAACUUGGUAUGCAGAAACCUAAUGGAGACAUCGAUAAGGACGAGUUGAGAGAGGCUGUCAAGAAACUGGGCAACAACAUUAACGAAGCCACCGUUGAAAACAUUGUGAAUGACUGCGGAAAGAGAGUUGGGGACACUCCAAAUGAGGCAGCAAUUACUUUGUACCAGUGCUAUGCCAGACAUACCAAGACAACCCAUGGAAAACAUUUGGAAUCGCUUACAGGAACUGAUUGAUAUAUUUUUACUGUAUUUGACUCCUUCCCAACAAAUAUUACACCAACUUUAUUUCAGAUGAAAUCACAAAAGUUCAUGGAACCAUGAACAUAUAUAUUUUUUCAUACAUAGAGAAAAUCUAGGACAUUUGAACCCCGCUUCUACUUUAAGCCGCAGGACAGUGUUACCAAAGUCUGUAUUUUAAUUGCUCAAUAACGUGAACGAAGCAUCAUUAUGCAGGUAACAUUUUGAACUAUAAACUUUCCUGCUAAUCAAAUAAUUUCAAUAAUGUUUAAUUCAAUUUAAAAAUCGAUUUGUAGGAGAGUUGACCAUAUUGGUAGGGAGAUUUAUCUGUAUGUAUAACAUAAAUAGUUAAAGACAGUUGUGAUAAUCAAAUUUGUUUAAUUAAAGUAAUAGUAAACCUAA